AUGAAAGCUGAUCUAUUAACAAAUUAUGGACAUUUAUUGAAUGUUAUUGGUCGACCAGAUGAUGCAGAAGAAAAAUAUACAGCAGCAUUGACAAUUUAUGAAAACAAUCUAACAGAUACAAAUUCAAAAGUUAUGUCUGUACGAUUAUAUAUGUUGAGUGAAAAGACAAAAAAUAAACUUUUCGAUCAAGUAAUAAACGACUAUGAAAGUGAAAAAUAUAAACAUAUGAUUGAACAAUAUGAUGCAAAUCCAUUUGAAGCAAGUAAAAUAACAAGUCAACAAAAUUGGUCGUACCUAUUUUAUAUGACUGGUGCAUGUUAUAUACACAAAGAACAGAUUAAAAAAGGUGUGACUAUUUGGAAAAAAGCUGUUCAAUGUAAAACAUUACAAUAUUUGGAUCCAUUAUUAACUAGCGAAACGACAACAACAAAUUCAAAUACAUUUGAUAUACCAACAAAUAUUAUCGAUCGUGCUUAUCAAAUAGCUUACAAUUAUUAUUAUACAAGAUCAGAGUCAGAGUCAGAUAGUACAGAUCUGUUUAACUACGGCUUAUUAUGUUCUGAUUUAUGUAUAUACGAUCAGGCUAUAAAACUUCUUAAAAGUAGUGUCGAAACCAAAGAUCUUAUACUCAGUAAUAUGCUAUUAGGCGAUAUAUACAAGUCUAAAGGUCAACCCGGGUAUAAUGGGUCAGAAUACUACUUAAAAGCCUAUAGUAUAAAUAACGAUACUCAUCAUCCCUUUAAAAUGGCUGCCGCUCUUAAAAACAAUGAUAAAAUAUUAAACGAAUAUAAAAGUCUCUUAUUAGGGAAAACAACAACGGAUAACCAAACAAUGACUAUGUUAACAAUUUUAUACGAUGAGUUAGCCCAAAAACAGUUUUAUAAAGCAGUUAGUGCAGAUAUGUGCAGAAAUGUACGAAAAUUAUGUGAAGAAUCGAUCAAUUUGAAAAUAAAGUAUUUGUCACAGUAUCAUCCAAGUUUAAUUAAAAAUUAUCAAUUAUUGGCACAAUGCUUUUUAGAGGAAAAGAAUUAUCAGGAUGCAUUACAAUCGUAUGAACAAGCAAUUGAAAUACAAAUUGCUAAUUUACCCGAAAAUCAUGUUGAAAUCAAGCAAAAUUAUUAUCAAAUGGGCCACAUCUAUUGUAAAAUGGAUAAAUUAGAUAAAGCAUUGGAAGCCUACAGUGUAGCCGAAGAUAAUGAUGAUGGUGAUCAGAGUAGCGAUGAAGACGAUGUGGAUGAUACAUAUGGCAGGUCAAUACCAAACGAAGCACUAGUUGAAAAAUAUCAAAAUUUAUCAGAAUCAUAUGCAAAAAAAGAUGACUGGGACCAAGCAAUAACACUUGAGCAGAAAGUUUUAUUGUUACUACUUGAAGAUUUACCCGAUAUUGCCAAAGAAGAUAGUAUAAUUUCAAAACCACAAUUAGUUCUUGAGAAUCAAAUCAAGUUUAUUGAUGGUCAAGCAUUUUCACGGUAUCUACAUGAUUUUGUUUAUAUUUAUUUGACGAUAGGGGAUAUUUGUUUACACGCCGAUGAUGAUGCCAUACCGUAUUAUAAACGAGCACUUGAAUUAAAUUUAAAACUAAUACGGUAUCAGUCGCUGACGCUGAAUAAAAAUUUAUUAGCAGUCAUCUACUAUAGAAUAGGAGAAGCGUAUCAACAGUACUUUAAUACUGAAACUGUUAUUGAAUAUUAUCAGAAAGCAUCUAAUGAAAAUUAUGAACAACAGUGUAUGUUAAUGUAUAAAAUUGGAAAUUUGUAUAGCGAAAAUGAACAGUACAGUGAAGCGAGAAACUGGUGGAAAAAAGCAAAAGAAGAACAACUUGAAAAUAACAUAAUUACAUCAAUAAUACAAAAGAAAAUUGAUGAUCUCAAAACUGAUGGUAAUGAAGAGAACAAUGAUAUACAAGAAGAAAAUGAAGUUGAUGAUGACGAUACUCAACUGCAUGUGAUUAAUUCAAGAAAAAAUUCUUUUCGACGACGGUCAAGUGCUCGGGAUGCCGAUAAAAAUGGUGAAUCAUCAGAAACCUAUCUAGAAUCAGCAUUGGCCUACUUAGAUUUAGAUGACAAGAAGAAUGCAUUGUUCUGCUACGAUGAAUACAUGAAAAAAGAGCAAGAAAAACUUAAUAAACUUGACAAACCAGAAAUUCUCAUAGAUAACGAUUUAUUAAAAUGUAUUCCCGAUCUACUUCGUCUACGAAUACAACAGGUGCAACAACAGGUGCAAUGUAAGUUUUUCUGGAAUAAUACUGUUUUGCAAAAUGUUUAUUUAGUGCAGGAAAAACUUCAUGUGAAUAUAAACUGGACGACAAAAGUUUAG